GGUGGCGCUGCAGUCCCAGGGAGCGAGAUGCGGAUGAGCUGCAGAAGCAGACAUCAGCUCUCAUCCUCAGAGUCAUUACCACGACGCAAUGGCCGCGGCAGUGGAUACGAACUGUUAAAGAUUGCUUAAUUCGUUUAACUGUCCCACACUGCGCAUGAUUUGCGUCUCUCGCAGCUGGAGAAAACGCUGCAAGUGGUGGUCAGUGCGCCAAGACGACUCGCCAGCUCCCACCAACUGUGACCCGGACACCACCAGGAAGAAGUUUAGCUAUUAGGCUGAAUGGCGGAGCCGGAGCUUCUGCUGGACUCCAAUAUUCGACUCUGGGUGGUGUUGCCCAUUGUCUUCAUCACCUUUCUCGUUGGGGUGAUACGGCAUUAUGUUUCUAUUCUUCUUCAGAGCGAGAAGAAGUUGACGUUAGAGCAGGUUUCUGACAGCCAGGUUCUUAUUCGGAGCAGAAUACUCAGAGAAAAUGGAAAAUACAUUCCCAAACAGUCCUUUUUGAUGAGGAAGUUCUACUUCAAUAAUCAAGAAGAUGGAUUUUUUAAGAAGACCAAAAGGAAGGUUGUUCCACCCUCUCCAAUGACAGAUCCCAGCAUGCUGACGGACAUGAUGAAAGGCAAUGUCACCAAUGUGCUUCCCAUGAUCCUCAUUGGAGGCUGGAUCAACUGGACCUUUUCAGGAUUUGUAACAACUAAGGUUCCCUUCCCUCUCACUCUGCGCUUCAAGCCCAUGUUGCAGCAAGGAAUAGAGCUGCUCUCAUUGGAUGCUUCCUGGGUGAGCUCAGCGUCGUGGUACUUCCUGAAUGUCUUUGGACUACGAAGCAUGUACUCGUUAAUUCUAGGCCAGGAUAAUGGUGCAGAUCAGUCGAGGAUUAUGCAGGAGCAAAUGAGUGGUGCCGCCAUGGCCAUGCCUGCAGAUACAAAUAAAGCUUUCAAGGCUGAAUGGGAGGCACUGGAACUGACUGACCAUCAGUGGGCGCUGGAGAGUGUGGAGGAGGAUCUGAUGAGCAGGGAGCUUGACUUUGAUGGCAUGUUUAACAAGGAGCUGCCAAGUGGUAUCUUCUGAUGGCCUGGUCACUUCUACUUGGAGCCUUCAAUUUGAAUUUUGAUCAUUGCAGGGAUUUGUUUUUGGUUAAAGACAGAGAAGGGACAAAUCCCUUUAUGUUAUGACAAGUUUACAUUCACUUAUUUGUGGUCCUUGUAUCUUCACAUGUAUUACCUUUUCAUUCCUGUCCAUAAAAUAUCUGAUAUGACUUAAAAUACACUGGUUCUGCUGCUGUCUCAUGCAUUCUGUAAAGCAUCGCUUUGUUUUUUCACCUUUGAGACAAUGAGAUGUUUGGGAGAAAUUAAGUGGCUUUUUGCUUAUUGAAAUGCAUUAUUAUUAGCUUCCAACUGUAUGCCAUCGUAAUGCCAUUAGGUAAUAGAAUGUGAACUACCUAGUUUUUUUUUCUUAUGUCAUACACAGCUGGAUUAGCUGACUCAAUUUUUACAUAUAUUGUUAUGUUUAAGAAGUAAGAUACAAUACUAUUUUAAAGGUCUGAAUUAUGUUUAAUGAAACUAUAACAAUCUUGAAAAAUUCUUUUGUUAGAUCAUAGAUGGAGCCGUUCUGUGUCAGCUGCCCUAAAGUUGGAAGUAGACCCAGAACGGAUUAGUUGGUGGCAGAGAAUCUGUUUGUGUGGUUUAAAUAUUGUUUUUAAAGUAUGUAGACUGUUUAAUUUUGUAAUGUAACUCCCCUGUGUUUUGUACAGUAUAA